AAUUCCCAAUAAUUUAACUAGAAUAAGAAUUCUAGUUAAUUUUAGAAAAGAUUAUGGAGGCUUCCUCAACUCUCCGGAGCCGCCGAUUGCGCGCUUCUGGAGCUCGGGAGUCUGACCGACGGUAGUUUCGGGGAAUUCUAGUGAGAGAAAUCAGCCUCACUGCCGCCCAGGCCCAGCCAGAGAGCCGAGACUACAAGCGCUCCCAAGCCCAGGCCCGGUCGGGCACGCCCAUUAGGUGGGCACCCUCACCGCCGCGCCUUCUGAGAAACGUGGUCUGACUCUCUGGACGAUCCGUUGUGCCGGCUGCUGGACGGGGAUGUGGCUCCGGCCGCAGGACUACAACUCCCCGAAGGGCUAUGCGGGGGUCGGCAGCGCGGAGUUUCCUGGUCGUUCUAGUGCCGCUUCCUCCCCGGCGCCUCGGCGGACCCUAGAGGCUUCGUUGCAUGCCGAGCUCCAGCUUUCCGAGCCCCGGCGGUCUGUCGUCUGCUCCAGGCCGUCGGGCGCUGGAGGGAGCUGGUGGGGCUGCUGGUGGCUCCGUGAGUACUUCGUAGUCGAAGAGGCGAUGGCUGCGGGGCCCCUAGUGCCUGGCCACGCGCCCUCCCUGCCCGCCGAGCGCUAGAAUCUGCGCCCGAGGCUCGGGUAGGAGUCGGGGCCCGUGGUCCCGGACGCACGGGACGGAAACCUUGGCAGUCCUGCAGCCCUUCCUGCCUCUGCGAAGUCGGGAAACCAGUAGAGAUCCAAGAAAACCUCCCAGCGGGAAAAUCACACGCCCAGACUCCGGAUGGCUUCAGCCACCACACGUGUAAGGGACAAAAACAGUUCCUGGCUUUAUAUCACCUGCAAUAGUUUGUCUAAAAGAGGGAACAUCUCUCAAUUCGUCUUCAUGAAGCCACCGUCACCAUGAUUCCAAGACGUGCAUUGUAUGAGCUCAGGCUUCUUGUUUGAAAAAACAAAAACCACCGCGGGAAGUGGGAACUGCUUCCUAAGACUGUUGUGAGGAUUAAGAAAAUUUCCAUUGGGUAAAGUGCUGACUUGAGUACAGCGCCCAGUGUGGAAAGAGAGACCUUGGCAAAUGUUAACAUUACUAUUGGCCAAUAUUAACGUUAUCAUUCUCAAAUGCCUGGUGGUAUAAAAAGGAAGGAAAUCCUAAAGGGAACUUUACACUUGGUCUUGUAGAAGAUAACAAAUUGAUCAAGAAACGGGUGAGAUAUGAAGGGGUAAGCAUUUUAGUGUGACGGGGGCUCCCCUCUGAAAUGGCUGAUGCAGACUUCUGACGCCCCCCAGGAAGACUCAGAUGUAUCUGUCAGAAGCCGGACUGCUCUCAAGACGUCUCCCUGUAUCUGGGUGCAUCCUCACAUUCCCACAUAGCCCCACCCUGCUCUUCUGGGAACUCUGCAGGGAUAAGGGCCAUGGCUCAGCAGACAUGUAGGUGUCAUUUCAGGCUCAGGUAACCUUCCAUGAUGUGGCAGUGGACUUCACCCUGGAGGAGUCGGGACUGCUGGGCCCUACCCAGUGCACCUUGUACCAAGACAUAAUAUUGGAGACCUUAAGAUACCUGGUCAUUGUGGAGUGGAAGGAGAGACCUAAAAGCCAAGAGGUGCCACCCACAGAGGCCUUUUCUGGUUGGUACUGCAAUUGCAUUCCGUGAAUGAAUCACCUGAAUCAAGUGCACCUGGGAGGGCACCUGGUCCAUUGAUCUGUGGGAUGGCAGCCAUCAACCCUUGGGCCUCCUGGGGUAUCCUUACAGACCAGUCCUGGGGAAUGGCGGCUGUUGACCCGUGGGCCUCCUGGGCUCUAUGUCCUCAGGACUCUGCCUGGCAUUUGGAAGAGAACCGUGAGGAGGAGAAGAGGGCCACUGGGCUCCCGACAGCCGAGGUCCAGGAACCAGUAACCUUCAAGGAUGUAGCUGUGGACUUCACCCAGGAGGAGUGGGGGCAGCUGGACCCUGUUCAGAGGACGCUGUACCGUGAUGUGAUGCUGGAGACCUAUGGGCAUCUACUCUCUGUGGGGAAUCAGAUUGCCAAGCCGGAAGUCAUCUCUCUAUUGGAGCAAGGAGAGGAGCCCUGGUCAGUGGAACAAGCAUAUCCUCAAAGCACUUGUUCAGAAUGGAUGAGAAAUCUUGAAAGCAAAGCAUUGAUCCCAACCCAAAGCAUUUUUGAAGAAGAACAAUCCCAUAGGAUGAAGUUGGAAAGAUACAUAUGGGAUGAUCCUUGGUUCUCCAGGUUAGAAGUCUUGGGAUGUAAAGACCAAUUAGAAAUGUAUCACAUGAACCAGAGUACAGCUAUGAGGCAAAUGUUCUUCAUGCAAAAGCAAGUACUCUCUCAAAGAGGUUCUGAAUUCUGUGAACUUGGAGCAGAGUGUAGCCAGAACUUAAAUUUUGUUCCAUCUCAGAGAGUUUCUCAAAUAGAACAUUUCUAUAAGCCUGAUACAAAUGCUGAAAGCUGGCAGUGUAAUUCAAUAAUGUAUGCAGAUAAGAUUACCUGUGGAAGUCAUGAUUAUGACAAAGCCUUCCACCAAUCCAUACAACCUAUUCAGCCUGAAAGGAUCCAAACUGAAGAUAAUCUUCUCAAGUGUGCAGAUGCUGUUAAAUCUUUCAAUCAUUUUCUACAUUUUGGUGAUCAUAAGGGAAUGCAUACAGGAGAAAAACUCUAUGAAUAUAAGGAAUGCCAUCAAAUCUUUAACCAGAGCCCUUCAUUUAAUGAACAUCCACGACUUCAUAUUGGAGAAAACCAGUAUGAUUACAAAGAAUAUGAGAAUAUCUUUUAUUUCUCAUCAUUUAUGGAACAUCAAAAAAUUGGUACUGUAGAGAAAGCAUAUAAAUACAAUGAAUGGGAGAAAGUCUUUGGGUAUGAUUCAUUCCUUACUCAACAUACAAGCACUUACACCUCAGAGAAACCCUAUGAAUAUAAUGAAUGUGGGACAUCUUUCAUCUGGAGCUCUUACCUUAUCCAGCAUAAGAAAACUCAUACUGGAGAGAAACCCUAUGAAUGUGAUAAAUGUGGAAAAGUGUUUAGGAAUCGUUCAGCCCUUACUAAACAUGAACGGACUCACACUGGAAUAAAGCCCUACGAAUGUAACAAAUGUGGAAAAGCCUUCAGCUGGAAUUCUCAUCUUAUUGUACAUAAAAGAAUUCAUACAGGAGAAAAACCUUAUGUAUGUAAUGAAUGUGGGAAAUCUUUCAACUGGAACUCCCAUCUUAUUGGACAUCAGAGAACUCAUACUGGAGAGAAACCUUUUGAAUGUACUGAAUGUGGGAAGUCUUUCAGCUGGAGCUCCCAUCUUAUUGCCCAUAUGAGAAUGCAUACUGGAGAGAAGCCCUUUAAAUGUGAUGAAUGUGAAAAAGCUUUCAGGGAUUACUCAGCCCUUAGUAAGCAUGAAAGAACUCACUCUGGAGCAAAACCAUAUAAAUGUACGGAAUGUGGAAAAUCCUUUAGCUGGAGCUCCCAUCUUAUUGCCCAUCAGAGAACUCACACAGGUGAAAAACCCUACAACUGUCAGGAAUGUGGCAAAGCAUUCAGAGAACGCUCAGCCCUUACUAAACAUGAAAUAAUUCAUUCUGGAAUCAAGCCUUAUGAAUGUAAUAAAUGUGGAAAAUCCUGCAGCCAGAUGGCUCACCUUGUUAGACAUCAAAGGACUCAUACUGGAGAAAAGCCCUAUGAGUGUAAUAAAUGUGGAAAAUCCUUCAGCCAGAGCUGUCACCUUGUUGCUCAUCGGAGAAUUCACACUGGUGAGAAACCCUAUAAAUGUAAUCAAUGUGAAAGAUCCUUUAACUGUAGCUCUCACCUUAUUGCGCAUCGGAGAACUCAUACUGGAGAGAAACCAUAUAGAUGUAAUGAAUGUGGGAAGGCAUUUAAUGAGAGUUCUUCCCUAAUUGUACAUCUAAGAAACCAUACUGGAGAAAAACCAUACAAAUGCAAUCAUUGUGAGAAAGCUUUCUGUAAGAAUUCUUCUCUUAUUAUUCAUCAGAGAAUGCAUAGUGGAGAGAAACGCUUUAUAUGCAAUGACUGUGGAAAAGCCUUUAGUGGUCACUCAGCCCUACUUCAACAUCAGAGAAAUCAUAGUGAAGAGAAACUGUGAAUUGAAUUGAUAGAUUUUUCUUUUUUUGUACAUUUAGUAACACUUUGAAAAAGGAAAAAAAAAUCCCUAUAAAUCAAGAGAGGAAAUUUUUUAGUAAGAAUUCAGGAAAACUCCUCUUUUAUUUGAUAGAAAAUAUCUGCUUAGAAGAAACCUGUGAAUGGAAAGACUGGGAAAAGCUUUCAGCAGUUAUGUAGCCUUUAUUUAACAUCAGAUAAUUAGAGUGAAGAAAACUCCAAACUCUCAUAAUUCUCCACCAGGAGUCCUACUUAUGGAACAUGAAUGUAGGGAAUGAGACUUCUUUUAGUAAGAGAUCUCAACUAUUUGUGGAUCAAAGUGCAUUGUUAAGGGGAAAACCUUGUUCUGGGAAAAGUCUUUUCAACUGAAAAUAUACUGUUUUGCAUCAAGCUGGAAAAAUGGAUGGGAAGAUUUAUAGUAACAUCUUUUGCAUAGUUGUGGAAAUACAGAUUUUGCUGUUUUAGAGGGAGGAUGUGGGUGCCCUUUAAGGAAUAGAAUAUGAAAUACUAUAAAUCUGAAUUUAAGAAAAAAAUAGUAUUAAGUGGGAUAUUUACUGUUGAUCAAGAUUAACCUUAGAAAAGAUUAGUAAAUGAGAUUACUAAUGGUGGAAAGAUAAUUACCUAGAAGUAUGAGACUGAAGUUGGAACAAGAGGUGACAGUUUAUGACCCAAUGUGUCAGUGUCCAUGGUUUACUCAUGGUUGCAUUGUUGGAAAAUUCAUUUGUAAUUUGUGUUAGGCAAUCACUAUAAGUUAUAAUGUGGACACUGCAUCAGUAUACAUAAUGUUAAGGAAUGAAAAGGACAAAAGUGUACAUAUAUAUCUAUAAUUAUAACCUCUAAGAAAUGUAUACAGAUUAAGACUGGAAGGACCCAUGGAGAAAUUAACCUGGUUAAUUUAAUUUUUUAAAAAAGUUUUACAAACACAUACAGCACUUAUUAUGUGCUAGGCUUUGUUUUAAAUGCUUUUCAAAUAUUAACUUGUUCAGUUUCCUUAAUUCUAUGAGAUAGGUACCAUUAUUAUCCCAGUUUUACAAAUGGAGAAACUGGGGCAGAGAUGUUGAGAGGCCUACCUAAGGACACACAGUUAUUAAGAAAUGGAACUGAGAUUGUUUGGCUCCAGAGUCAUGUUUUUAACUACUAUGUUAUGCUGCCUCUCAAGUGAUUUUUUUCCCGUAUUUUUUCCCUUUUGUUGAGUUUUCCAUAGUAGAUAUUUAAUAAUAAAAGUCCAUAAAUUCCUAAACAAUGAGAAAUAAAAUUACCUGGCUCUCUAUCCUGAAUGAUUUCUGGUAACAUGAGAGCUCCUCCCUUUGGAAUAUGAAAUCUGGAUUGGACAUUCAGAAUCACUGCAUUUUCUGGGACCUGGGUUCCCUAGGAUUUCACUACCCAUAACCCUGAGGAUUACAGCACAGCAAUGGCUGGAAGACUCAAUGGACAUUUGGGCAAUGCUGAGGAAUGCCCCUUGAUGGGUUUAGACUGGCCUUCAUAGGACAGAACAAGAGACACUACUGCACAUGGGAGCACUAUUUCUCAAGGUCUCCCUCAAAUUCAGUGUUUAUGCUUUAUCUUCUCUACAUGAGAAGAUUGUUUGAUAGUAGGGGGGCUUCAGAAGGGAAGGGAGCUCAUCAAUUCAUCAGAGCGAAUGCUCUGAAUGCUCCUAGUUGAAAGGCAAGAUACCUAAGAGGGUUUUAAGUGGCUUCUCUCCAGUUCACAAAUAUUUCCUGUAUUUCCCCUAAAGUAGGGCUAUAACUAAGAGUCAACAAUCCUUGGAUAUGCUUCAAGGAUAUUGGUUAGAAAUCUAGGAUACAAAAGGUUCAUCUGGUUCUUGUAGGGUCCAUGAUUCCCCGUUAGUUGAGAAAGUGGCCUAGCGGUGUGGGGAGGCAGUGCUCACCAUCUGAUUCCUGUAGCUGGAACUCAUAUAAUUAUGUACGUCUGAUUCCAUACCUUUCAGAGUUCAAUACAUAGUGGUCACCCAAUAAAUGUUGCAGGAGUAAAUUAACUGAAUAGAAUUCUCAUGUGAUUUGUGCAAAGAUAAAGAGAUAAGAUAAAGAUUUGUGCAAAGAGCUUUAGAGAGAAUAGAAUUAGCAACAUCUCUAUUAAGAGAAAGCACUACGUAUCAAGUCAUACUGUAGCUAUAUGGGUAUAGUAUUCCAGUACCCAAUGUAAUACACUUUGAGCAAAUCCAGUUUCUCUGAUUUAGGGACUCGAAAGGAUCUCAUAAUUCAUAUACAAUAUUAUAUAAACAUCCUGACAAGUUAUUAUAUAUUACCCAGCUUAGUAUCUUUUAAAAAAUAAUUUCUAAAAGUGCCUCUUCUGGCCCAGCCUACAUCACAAGUCAAGAGAAAGUCCCAGACUUCUGCUUCCUCCUGAAAGGACCCCCUACAUCCCUACCACUUAAAACACAGCCUUACAUGCAGAGUGUGCCUUAGAUGUUCAGGACUCCCAGCCCCCUCACCUCCCUUAUUCUAACCCAUGUGUGGCUCAGUUCAUUGCCCCUCCCCCCUUUUUUAAUAUUUUAUUUAUUCAUGAGAGACACCAAGAGAGGCAGAGACAGGCAGAGGGAGAAGCAGGCUCUAUGUAGGGAGCCUGAUGUGGGACCCGAUUCCGAGACUCCAGGAUUACACCCUGAGCCGAAUGCAGACACUCAGCCACUGAGCCACCCAGGCAUCCCAGUUCAUUGCCCUUUUGACCACAUCUUCAACUCCUCCCGAACUCUGGAACCUUCUGCUGGGGCCAGUUGGAAUUCUUAAUUUGUCCAUGAGCUCUCCCCUUUCACCUUCCUGUUGUGGUUGAAGCUUGGGUCUCCCCUAUGCACAGUGUCUCUUACAAUAGUGCCAGGGGGUGGCUCCUUUCCCUCCCACUUUUCUCAUUUGCUGCUUCUAGAUUGUUCCUCCCUUUUCUCUAAAACUUACCUCUGACUCUUGGGACAUGAGACCGUCACUCUUGAUUCCUUCAUUGCAGUCAGCUAUUCGGGGUCUGCAUAUCAAAGAUUUCAGCACCUGCUUUACUGCAUCUAGAACCACUUCCAUCAUAAUACUUCCUGAUUCCAUCAUCCAUCUAAGUGAUCCCACAGUUCUUUGACCACUGUGCUCAUGGUUUUGUAAACCACUCUUCACUCCCAUUGUCAUCCCUAGGACUAUACCAUUACUAGUGACUGGAACACCUCCACUAUCUCUUUUUUAAGCUGGUUGGCUAUUUAGUAUCAAGAUUCCAAUAGCCCCUUGAUUUAACCUUCCCUCAUGCUCACUGCCAGCAGAUGACUUUGCUUCUUAUUUCCCCGAGAGAACAGAAGCAAUCAGAAUCCUGCCAUAACAUCGACCCACCUUCCACAGUGUCCAUGCAUUCCCACUGGUACCUAUAUACGAACUGAUUGGGUUGGCCCUAGAGCCUGUCUCCUCCAUACUGCUCAAGGGCAUUGUUAUAGCAAGUUUCCCCUCUCUUGUGUCUUCAGGUUUUCCCUACAUACUGGAUUAUUCCAACAUGCAAACAUGCUUUUAAAAAAGAAAACCCCUUGAUACCACAUCCCCUUCUAGCUCCUGCAUAAUUUCUCUGCCUCGUUGUAGAAAGCAAAAUUUCUCAAAAGUUGUCUGUUCUUGCUGUCUCUACUUCCUUUCCAAUCUUUCUUGAACCUUCUCCAAACCUACCUCAAUGCCAGAUGUCCUCCACAUUGCUAAACCUAGUGGUCAAUUGUUUUUGCCUUCCUUGAUAUAGCAUUAUAGAUAAUAGAUCAUUUCCUCCUUAAAACAUGUUUUUCAGGGAUGCCUGGGUGAUAUAGUGGUUGAGCGUCUGCCUUUGACUCAGGUCGUGAUCCCAGGGUCCUAGAAUCGAAUCCCACAUUGGUCUCCCUGCAGGGAACUUACUUUUCUUUGUGUGUCUCUCAUGAAUAAAUAAAAUCCAAAAAACAAAACAAAUAUUUUUCAGCUGGCUUUCAGGAGGACUUCCCUCCUGAUUCUGGGACAUUCUUUAUUUCAGGCCCCUUGGCUGUUUCCUCCCCACUUUCCUUACCUCUUAAUGUUAGGACAUUAAGGGUGCCCUGUUUCCUACUGUUUACACCCUUGAUGGUCUUGUCCAGUCUUGAGGCUUCAAAUACCACUGGUAUGCUGAUGACUUUACUUUUACGGCUACAGUUUGAUGAGUGUUGAAAAUGUCUAAGCCCUCAUAACCACUACUACAACCAAAACAGUAUUUUCACUUUUCCAAAAAGUUCCUUCACGUCUCUACAGUUCAUUCCCACCCUACCCCACACCCCCAAGCCCUGAGCAACCACUUCUCUGCUCUAUCACUACAUAUUAGAAUUCUCUUUUAGGCUUUUUUGUAUAAAUGGAAUCACGCCGUAUUCUUCAUAUACUUAACCUUUGUGUCCAGAAUUUUUUGCUCAACAUAAUGGAGGUUUUUUUGAGGCUCAUCCAUGUUAUAGCAUGUAUUGGUAGCUUAAUCCUCUCGCUCUUCUCUCUUCUCUUUCUCUCUCCCCCUCUCUCUUUUUUUUUUUUUUUGAGUUGAAUUCCAUUAUGUGGAUGUGCUACCAUUACUUAUUCUAUUUACCUGUUGAUGAACAUUAAGUUGUUUUCAAUUAUUGGCUAUUGUAAAUAUAAUUGCUAUAGACAUUCAUCUACAAAGCUUUUGUAUAUGCAAGUUUUCAUUUAUGUUGUGUAAAAACCUAGGCUUAGAAUAGUUGUGUUUUGUGUUAAGUAUAUGUUUAAGUUAAUAAGACACUGUGGAUCUUUUAAUCUGAUGUCGUUAAUGUUUAAUAUUCUGGGAAAUUUCUCUUUUUUAUGAUAGUAUACAUUUUUUAAAAGAUCAGGAACAACAAAACAUUUUUGCACAAGGAGGAUAAGAUAAGGAAAAGAAAAUAGGAAUUGAGAAGAGCAUCAUAAGAGAUGAGAGAACAAUUUUUAAAGGCCUGUGAUAUGCUUAAAUCUGAGACCAAUGCUUUUGUGUCAGUGGCAAAUGGUAACAGAAAUGAAAGAAGCAGAAUGAUGGUAGUGAGGCUUUAUAAGGAUUGGUAAAUAUAGAGAACAAGGAACAAGCCCUGCCAGUCCAUAGGUUUCAGGCUCUUUCUGCCUGGAUUUCUGUUAAACCUUGAUUAAGACACUUCUGGGGCACCUGGAUGGUUCAAUUGGUUAAGCCUCGCUUUGGUUCAGGUCAUGAUCCCAGGGCCCUGGGAUGAUGUCAAGUACCCUGUUUAGUGAAGAGUCUGCUUAUGCUUCUCCCUCUCCCUCUCCACACUCAUGAUUUCUCUCUCUGUCAAAUAAAUAAAAAUUUUAAAAAUCCUUAUUUAAAAAAAGACUCUUCUAGCCACAUACCACAAAGUGGGCUUUGUUUUUCUGAAUUUCACUGUUCUUUUUUUUUUUUAAUUUAUUUAUUAAUGACAGACACACACAGAGAAAGAGGCAGAGACACAGGCAGAGGGAGAAGCAGGCUCCCCACAGGGAGCCUGACACAGGACUUGAUCCCGGGUCUAUAGGAUCACACCCUGGGCCAAAGGCAGUGCUAAACCGCUGGGCCACCAGGGCUGCCCUCGCUGUUCUUUUUAUAUGUCCUUGACAGUUAUGUACAGAGACAGUCAGUUAUACCCAUUCAUGUCACUAAUCUACCAGGGUGCUCUGCUCAUCAGCUCUAGCACACUUCUUUGGAAACCAAGUAUCCCCACACAAAUCCAUCUUCUGAUUCCAUGCCUUUGUAUUUCCUUUCUAAGCUUUUAACACUUACUUCCCUCUUUUGUAUUUUCCUGGUUUACCAAGGAGUAACUAACUCUUCUCACUUAUGACUAAAAGAAGGAGAAGGAGAAGAAAGAACUAUAAUAUAGUAAUAGUUCAUUCCAUGGAUAGUCAAAUCUGACAAAGGUUAUAGUUCUUUCCAAGGUCAAAUGCCUAUGUUUCUUUUUUUUUAAUAUUUUAUUUAUUUUUUCUUGAGAGAGGCAGAGACAUAGGCAGAGGGAGAAGCCGGCAUGGGGAGCCUGAUGCGGGACUCAAUCCCAGGACCCUGGUAUCACAGCCUACCCAAAGGCAGAUGCUCAACCACUGAGUCACCCAGGUGCCCCAAGUUACUAUGUUUCUGAUUUUAUCUUGAGUAGCCUUACACAGAAAUGGUGUUACAUCUGUAGUAAAAAGAAGGUAAACUAUGAUAGUAAGUAUAAUAAUAUUAGACAAAAAUAUACAAAUAUAAAAUUUUAUAAUAUGUCAUAGUAUAGUAACAAUUUUUGAGUGACAUUCUGGGACAUGUGCAAAACACUGGAAAUUUAUGUUUUUUGUUUUUAAAUACUCCAUCCUUUUCAUUUAAAGAGUUUCUCUUUUAGGAUUUCUGUUAUUCAAAUGUUAGCACACAAUGUUUGUUGUCCUUAUUUCUUAGGUUUUCUUCUAUGUUUCCUAAUUCCAUUUCCUUUCUUAUUUUUUUCUGGACAUUUCCUCAAUUUGCUCUUUCAGUUUGCUAUUAGCUGAUAAUUUUAUUUUAUUUUUAUUUAUUUAUUCUUUUUAUUUUUUAUUUUUUUGACAAUUUCUUUAUUAGCUAUCCAUUUUGCUAUUUCCUCUACUGUGUCUUCAUUUCAGCAAUUGUUUACAUACCUAAUAUUUAUACUUGGUCCCUUUUUAUGUGUUAAUAUUCUCACUUCCUAUUGCAAUACCAUGCCUUACCUCUUUAAAUAUAUUUAGUAGACUAACUUAAAAUUUUGGUCCAUCUGUUCUAUUUCUUUUUUUUUUAAUUUUUAUUUAUUUAUGAUAGUCACAGAGAGAGAAAGAGAGAGAGGCAGAGACAUAGGCAGAGGGAGAAGCAGGCUCCAUGCACUGGGAGCCCAAUGUGGGAUUUGAUCCCGGGUCUCCAGGAUCACGCCCUGGGCCAAAGGCAGGCGCCAAACCGCUGCGCCACCCAGGGAUCCCAUCUGUUCUAUUUCUGAUGGAAGCUGUAAUGCAUUGUGUGUUUUCUCUUGAAAUUGUUAUGUUCAGAAAAUUGCUUAUUACCUUCGCCAGUAAGUGUGUUUCCUUUGGGGUCACUGGCUGUUCUGUCGGUUGUUAUGCAUUCAUGUGAUGGGAUCAGAUUCUGGUUCCUAUAAAUAGUUCAGGAUGAAUGGAUCCUAAGAGGGGAGGCUGAGUCAUCAGAAAGCUAGACAAUGACUCCUUACCUUCAUGAGAGAACUCCUUGGAAUGUGAUCCCAGAGCCAUCCCAGAGCUUUGAGGAGGCAGGGUGGAGAAACACUUGCCUGAGAUAAUGUGGUCUGUGCCUGCUUCUCAGCUACUCAUAAGAACAGGCUACUGCCUUGCCUUGAUUUUGCUCCACAGGAAGCCUGGAUCAGAGGCUUGGUUACUGCAGCUGUGGGCACAGAUACUGUUCCAAUGCAAACAGGAAAGAAGCAAGAGCAAACUCCAGAAGUUCCUUUUGUUUGAUUCUUACAGCUCAGCUAUCUAUCUCCUGCUCUAGUCAUACAACCCAACAUACUCAUUCAAACCAGGUAUCAAUCUAGGUCUUUCUAGCAUUUCUGAUAUUCCCUGAUCUUUUGCCUCUUAAGUUAUAUCUGGGUUUAAUCUCAUGUAGGUGCCUAUAGGGCUUGUAGAGACCAGAAUUGGAAUUUGAUUUGUGAAACUUUGAAUAGAUUGUCUUAACAUGAAGUCUAUGGAAAGGUACUAGAGACCAUAGCCCAUUAUACCUCCCCUUAUUCUCUCAGCUUCUCCAUAGGAGCAGGACACAGCACAGGCAAAUCCAAGGCCAAGGGGUUCUAUUUAAAAUUGCAAAGCCUUAGGAGGCCUGGGUGAGCUCAGCAGUUGAGCGUCUGCCUUUGGCCCAGGGUGUGCAUGAUCCUGGAGUCCCAGGACCGAGUCCCACAUCAGGCUCCCUGCAUGGAGCCUGCUUCUCUCUCUGCCUAUGUCUCUGCCUCUCUGUCUCUCAUGAAUAAAUAAAAUUUAAAAUAAAAUAAAGUGGUAGAACCCUCUUAUUCUGGAUUCUCUUACCCUACUCUACUCUUCUGGUCUAUAUAUUUGUAACCCCUACCAACUUUAAGCAUGCAAUAUAACCAACUUGUUAUGUCUCUUUUUAUUGCCUUUAUCACUCUUACUAGAUACAAACUUCAACAAGACAUGGUUUUUCACUUGUUCAGUGUUCUGUCUCCAGGACCUGGAACAGUGUCUAGCACACAGCAAGUUUUCAACAGAUGUCUGUUGAACUAAAGGCCAAAUCAGCAUUAGGGUGAUUCCCAAACUCAGACUCUGAACAUCUUCCCAUAUUAUUAUGACAAUGGAAGGGUCCUAACAGAGUCUAGGGAAGACAACCCAGGCCAAAUGGAAGAACUUUGGGGCAUGGAUUUGUUAGAGCAUACAGAGGUAAUAAUGGGUAAGACUGUUCUGGAUUUUGAAUAAUUGGAAAAAUAAAGCUUGAGGCUUAAUAACUUC